AUGGAAGGAAAGAUGAGAAGCUAUCAGACAAUGCUAAACAAUGGUGAAACUCUACCCAUUAUGGGUUUGGGUACAUAUUCUGGCGAAAAUGAUAGAGAAACAACUGAGAAAGCCAUUAGAACGGCGAUAAAGAUGGGGUACAGACAUUUUGAUACGGCGAAAAUAUGCGGUUCUGAGCAGGCUGUGGGCAAUGCAUUAAGACGAGCGAUUUCUGAUGAGAGGUUAGGGAUGGAAUACAUAGACAUGUAUUUGGUUCAUUGGCCAGUGGCUUUGAAGCCAUGGGUGGAUUAUCCAAUUCCCAAAGAAGAAGACUUCGAGGAAUUUGACAUGGAGAAUACCAUGGAGAGGUGCUUGGAGAUGGGCUUGUGUAGGUCCAUCGGUGUCAGCAAUUUUCCUUCUAAAAAAAUUGAAGAACUGCUUGAUUUUGCUUGUGUCGCUCCCGCUGAAGAAAUGCAUCCAAUGUGGAGGCAAAGAAAGCUGAGGGCAAUAUGUAGGGAUUACGAGAUUCAUGUUGCUCUAAGAUGGGGCUUGUCUCAAGGAUCAAGCGUUAUAGUGAAGAGCUUCAAUCCAAGAAGAAUGAAAGAGAAUAUCGGGGCCCUUCAUUUGAAGUUAGACGAAUGGGAUUUACUUGACAUAAAUAAGAUGGAGGAGAGGAAGAUCAUGAGGGGAGAGUGUCUAUCCAAUGAUCCAACAAGCCCUUACAGAACUAUCGAGGAGCUUUGGGAUGGCGAGAUUUAA